UUGAGUUUUGUGUGAAACCCGUUUUUACAAAUUAUGACUACGAAUUUACUUUACGACUUCUUUGAGGACUUGCGACGACGUUGAUUUUUUGAAAUUAACCAGUUAUGCUACGGAGAGCCCCCAUAGUUUUAUUAAGUGAAGAAGCUAAAAAAGCUAAAGUUUUGCUAAUGGAUGGAGGAAUGGGGGAAGAACUUUUUUUAAGGGGAUUACCGGACGAUCGUAAAACCUGGUCCUCACAAGCGUUGUUGAACCCGGUCCACCACUCUUUGGUAAAACAAAUUCAUAAGGAUAUGAUUCUUUCUGGAUCUUGCAUGAUCACUACUAAUAAUUUUGCCGUUGUAAGGGCAACUUUCAAAGAAGGUGGAGACAAGGUUGUCGCAGAAUUAACAAGUAUAGCAGGACAGCUGGCGGUAGAAGCAAGAAAUGAAACAAAGUUUAAAGAUUCUGUUCGGAUUUUGGGUUCUUUGCCGCCACUUAACGGCUGCUAUCGGCCGGAUCUGGUUCUUCCCCCCGAACAGUGCCACGUGCAAUACGAAGUUAUCUUAAAAGCGCUACUGCCUUACGUGGACGGAAUUAUCUGCGAGACAUUGAGCUCUACCUCUGAAAUGCUUGCUGCUGUUUCUGCAGUUCUCGCCCAACCAGAAGCCGUUGAGCUUCCUCUUCUUGCCAGCUGGUCUGUCGGACGGAAUGGGAAGCUGCGCUCGGGAGAGGACGUAAACGGCGCAAUUUCUAAACUAUUGUCACUGGCUGGCGGCAGAAUUGAAGCCAUCAUGUUCAACUGCGGACUUCUGGAGGACGUAUAUGAAGCCCUUCUCAGUAUCACUGAAGAGACCAGGGCGGCAUUAAAGCGACAUGGGGUUGUCCUGGGGGCUUAUCCAAACAGGCUUACUGCCGUCCCUGAGAACUGGACAAUGGAAUCAACUCCUGACGCGCAACCACUGCGUGAGGAGGUUACAGAAAUGGUCUUUGUGGAAUGGUGCAUCAAAUAUUACAAAGCAGGCUGCACAUAUCUCGGAGGGUGUUGUGGCAUCUAUGCAAGUUACAUUAGAGCACUUCGAAACGAGUUCCUGGACUUGCUUCCAUCACCUUUUAAAGAAAUGAAAGGAAGUUAA